AUGGCUAUCAAGCACGUUCUAAGAUACUUGAAAGGUAUAAUUUACUAUGGUUUAGUCUAUGAAAAAGGACAUACAAUUGGUUUAGUCUAUGAAAAAGGACAUACAAUGGCCGAAUUAAUUGGUUACAGUGACAACGAUUUUGUUGGUGAUGUGCAAGACAGAAAAAGCACCUCAGGGCAGGUCUUUUUCUUUGGUAAGAUGGCGAUUAGCUGGGCUUCUCAGAAGCAGAAGUCAAUAGCCUUAUCUUCAUGUGAAGCAGAGUAUAUUGUUGCUACUACUGCCGCAUGUCAGGGUGUGUGGCUUAAUCUUCAGGUCUAUGAAGCUUCUUAUGGAUAACAAAUCCGCCGUUACCCUAAGUAAGAAUCCGGUGCAUCAUAGUCGGACUAAGUACAUUGACAAAUGUUAUCACUUUAUUCGUUAGUGUGUAGAAGACAAGAAGAUCUUAGUGAACUAUGUGAAGACUGAGGAUCGAUUGGUGAAUAUCCUCACCAAGUCACUCGGAAGGCUAAAAUUUGUGGAGAUGCGGGAGCGCCUAGGCAUCAAAGAUGUCCAUAUGGAAGAACUGGAACAAGGGGGAGAUUGAAGGGCUUGAUCCAGUCUCAUCGUAUAACAUCACAAAUAACAGUCUCUAGGAAAUACUUUAGCGAAACUGAUUUGAGCAUUUUCCCUUCUUCCAGGUAAUUAUUUUCUGUUUGCAAGAUUGAUCGGGGCCAUCUAUCGUUGAGAGUUAUAACGGCGAGGAUGGUGCCAACAUGAACACCAAGCUAACUCAGCGUAGUGUUAAUUGUGUGGUGUCUCUCUCUCCUACAAUGAUUGGCUUCCCUUUAUAAGGGGCUAUGUGUUCAACAUAUUGACUGUGAAGAACGGAACAUACUUUUGAUCAAUUAUAGUUCUUCUCAUUUUUCUCCUUGACUCUUCUUUUAUCCGAGAGUUUUGGUGUGGAUCUGACUUUGCAAAGCCAACAGAGAGGAUGUUUAUGUUGAACAAACAGGUCCUACAUUGUCAAUGAUCUCAAUUCGUAAAGACUCGAUUUUUGCAUAUUUCAUGGGUGGGUGCGUAUUCAUCUUGCAGAGGGAGGAGCUUUCAAAGCGGCGGCGAACGUAAAACUCAAAUCGAACUUCUUUCUGAAGUAUGAGAAAAACCAUAUCACCAGCUAAUUACAGAUCGAAUUGCAGUGACGGUGAUGGCGGCGAUGAAGAGGAGAAGAGAAACAGGGGAGGUACAAAAGGGAAGGAGGGAGGAAGGAGAUUCGGGGGGUUUCCCUCACGGAGCGGGGAUGACUUUCUUGACGAUCUCGUCGCUGAGGGCGGCGAUCUGGGAAUCGAGAGCUUUGAUGGUGUCCUCCUUCUGGCGCUCCAGGUUGGCAAGGGCCUCCGCCAGCUCCGCCUCCACCCGCUUCCUCCCCUCCGCCAGCUUCCCCUCCAGCUCCGCGGUGGUCUCCUUCUUCAUCUGGUUCAGCGCCGCCGAUAUCUCCGCCCGCGCCGCCUUAAUCACCGCCGCCGCUUGCUCCUCCAUCUGCUUCACCUCCGAAGAGGUGUCCUUGACAUCUCCCAGCUUCGCCCUGAUGGCGGCGUCCCGCUCGUCCAUGAACUUACCCAGAGGCGUGAAAUAGAUCUUGUCCAGAGCCACCAUCAGCAGAAGGAACUCGGAGGCAAUGGCGGGGAGGGUCAGAUUGA